AAAAAUCGAUAAACAGGAGCGUUAGUUUAUUAAGUACUUCGUAUUUAAUUAUUUACUUAAACUCUACGUGUAUGAUGCCCGUUGGAGUAGAAAAGGUGAAAAAGUCCUCGCUAACUUGGACAUUGAUCAACGUUAGUAUAAAUAAAAUAAAUAAAAAUAAAAAAAGCUGUAGAGUAGUUUUUAAAAAUUUAAAUAAGAAAAUAUGACUUCUAAUGUUCUUGUGGAAUUUUGCUACGCUGGAAUAGUAGCUGUUGCUGGAGGGCGAGAAUAUAAAAAUUCAAAAUCCAAGCUAUCAUUGAUAGUCGGGCUUUGUUUUUACUCUGUAUUAACGAUAGGAGCGUACUGGCAAAGCUUUAAUUCAAAUAAAUGCUCGGUAUAUAGAACGACUAGUGGAUUAGUGGCUGUGAUUUGUUUAGUGAUAACUUUAGUUAUCCGGAUGAGUUUUAUAGUUGACCCGAGAUUUUUUAAACGACAUAUCGGCACAUUUAAAACAUACGGACUGUUAUCUCUUCUCAGUAUUUUUAGAUACAACGUCGCUAUCAAAGGAUGCGAGGACUCGGCUUUAGAAAUAUUUCUCGCAAUUUUAUUUAAAUUGAAAAAAAAAUUACGAAACAUAAUUAUAAUCCUGACGACUGAAAUAAAUUACAUCGAUGCUCUUCUAAAGUCAGUGAUGAUUAAUAUAACGAUUCAUAUUUUAAUUCAGCUACACAUAGAAUUUUUUGAUUAUAGAUUUAUGAUCUAAGGAAUUUAUA